ACGACCGACCUUUCGUUUGUUACACAGUAUCUAUCAGCUUCAUUCAAACUUGAUUGCAAUGGUAUUCUUCAUCGUGAAGCUACUGCUCCUAAUUGGUUUAAUCGCUGUACAGUCAAAGGACUGCAACUAUCGCUUUUGGAAUGCAAUAUCCUGCGAGAAAAUUCAUUGUGCGGACCAAUUGAAGAAAGGCAUUCAGGAAUGUAUUGAGCUCGAUCAGGUGCCAAUUGAAGAUUUCUUCGGAUUGGAGAUCGAGAAGAGUAAGAUUGGGUUUCUUGAUCCGGACACGUUUAAAGGUUACGAAAACGUGAAGAUUAUUCAGUUUCUUUUCAGUAAUGUUUCAAAUAUACCUGAUGGCUGUUUUAAAAACUUAAAUUUGGAAACGUUCCAAAUUGGCUUUAGCACAGUAGACAAUAUUGAAAAUAAAGCGUUCGAAGGUAUGUUUAAUGUGAAAAGGUUUCUAAUUUAUGGAACCAAAGUGUCGCAUUUUGCCAAGGGUGCGUUUGCCGAUAUGCACGCUUUGGACGAGCUCAAUUUUCACAACAACGAGUUGGAGGAAAUUGAAGAAGAUGCCUUUGACAACUCCCCAAACAUGGUCGAGCUGUAUCUUUAUAAAAACAAACUGGAAAAAAUUCCGAAGAACUUGUUUGCGAAGCUGUUGCUGCUCGAGACAGUUUAUCUUAGCGAGAACGCGUUGGUCGAGCUAGAUGGUGGCCUCUUCAAUGGGUUGACUAAGCUUCAAACUCUCCAUCUGGAGGGCAAUCGCUUGGUGACGUUACCGCCGCAAGUAUUCAACGACCAAAGCUCCCUCACUGAACUGCAUUUGGAGAAUAACGCCAUGAAAGAGAUCCCCGAUGGUCUCUUUGCAAAAUUGCAAAAUCUGAGAGACAUCUACCUUUCCGGAAACAAGUUUGAAAGUCUCCCAAGCGCCAUUUUUCAAAGCAACCCAGAGAUAGAGACCAUUGAUCUUUCAGAUAAUCAGCUAAGACACCUGAACGGAGUAUUCAAGGGGCUUUCGAAGCUGAACCACGUUAGCUUAACCAAAAACAAGCUCUCAUCAAUCCCUGACGGCACCUGCUCCGACUGUACCAAGUUGUUUGAACUGGACUUCACUGAAAACGAAAUCGAAAAGAUUACACCUGGGAUCUUCACCGGUCUAAGUGAGAUAAAGAGGAUCACAUUCGGAAUAAACAAGGUGAGUGAAAUCGAACCCAGCUCAUUCGAUGGGCUAACUAGGCUUGACAACUUGAACCUUGAGAAAAAUAGGCUCAAGUCGCUUCCGAGUGGGGUGUUUGACAAGAAUGUCAAGUUGGAGUCACUCUAUCUUAGCGAUAAUCUGAUCGAGCACUUAGAAGAAGGAAUUUUCGAAAAAUUGUCUGAACUAAGACACUUAGAUUUGGACAACAACAAGAUCCAGAAUUUCGAAUCCGGUAUUUUUAAAGGUUUAAAGAACGUCCAGUUCAUGUCCAUCAGCAAGAAUAAGCUGGACAGCAUAACAGCCAACAUGUUUGAAGGUUUAAGUUCUUUGACAUACCUGUACAUCAGCGAGAAUCCCAUUGAGAGUGUAUCUUGCGAGGCUUUCAAGGAUUUGACAGCCUUGGAGUCGCUUAAAAUGGAAAAUUUUAAUCUUGAGGAGUUUCCUUCGGCAUGUUACUCGGGUUUGAAGAAAGUGGAGUUUCUUUCAAUUACCAACUCAAAACUGAAGCGCUUGAAUAAAGGGAUGUUUUUGGGGAUGGACAAGCUGAGGACGCUGUUCCUAUCAGGGAACCACAUCGAGCAUGUGGACGUGGGCGCGUUUGAGGGACUGGACGAAGUUGAAACGUUAAACCUGCAUCAAAAUCAGCUCUCAAAAGUUAAAAGGGAGAUGUUCACCGGACUGCCGAAGCUCGACAUGCUCGUCUUGAGCAAUAACAAAAUAACCUCCAUCGACCCUAGCGUGUUCGAGCUGCUUCCCAAAAUUGCCUACUUGUACCUGGGAGGAAACAGACUGCAACAACUCAGGGGCGAUGAAUUCACCACCAUCCCCAACUUGAGAGUCUUGCAUCUUUCGGAGAGCGGCCUCAAAGGCUUGCCAACUGAGAUCUUCAAGCCAUUAACGUCGCUUACAACGUUAAAUCUAGCCUUAAACCAACUGGGGACGUUACAGAAGGGUUCGAUACCCUCCAUACCCCAUCUGGAAUAUUUGAACUUGGAAAUGAGCGAAAUUGAUGAUAUCAAACCGGGUACGUUCGAAGACUUCGAGUCGCUUCUGGAAUUGGACUUGCCCAACAACACCUUAAAGGUUGUAAACGGGGAAAUGUUUAAAGGGCUUAGAAAAAUGUACGCCCUCGACCUUCAGAACAAUGAAAUAGGUGACUUUAAUCCGGAAGUCUUCGACAAUCUACCCCAACUGACACGUGUACGUCUGGAAGGCAACAAGAUCAGCGCCAACGUUAUGGAUGCCAUAAGGAAAAGGUAUCCUGAACCAGAUCCCACCAUUCUAAACUAAAAAAAUGUACUUGUAUUUAAUAAAACCCUCCUUUUGUUGUU